AUGGGGGUUCACUGUGGAGGAGUUCACUCGCUGCGGAAGUUUCAUUUGGGGGAUUUCACUUGUGGGGGGGUUGGUUCACUGUGGGGAGUUUCACUGUGGCGGGAGUUCACUCCUCUGGGGAGUUCACUUGUGGGAGAGAUCCACUAUGGGCGGAGUUUCACUGUGGGGGAGUUCACUGGUGGGGGGGGGGGUGCGGGACGUGAGUGUGACAAGCUCUUCCUUUCCUCUUCCCGUAUUCACCAUGGGUCGCGUGCUAACCCGCCAAUCACCAACUGGCUACAAGGGAAAGAGGUCAUCAUCCACAUCCACUCGACAGCCUCCUUCUCAACGAGGACGAAAGAAGGUGGCGGGUCGAAACCUCAAUCCCUCAUUGGAGGUCGCGCCCAACCCGAUCCCAUUGAGAACUCUCGACCUCGCGCUGGCUCAGUUCGACGAGGCCGGGGGGCCAGAUCCCAGCUUGGUGCUCGAGCCACCAAGCCAACGCCCGGCUUGUCCUCCAUCAACCCCACGCCCGCCGCCCGCCUCACCCGUUCACCCACCCCAAGAUUUCCCGACCAAUUCGGCCCGCCAUUCCAAGGAGCCGACAGCGCCGAAUCGGCAGGUUCCGAUUCCGAAGUAGUUUGGUCAAAUCCGGAGGUGGGGCGGGAACCAGACGAGCCGGAGCCAUUCACGCCCCGUCAAAUGGAGCACAUCGCCCGAUUAAUCGAGAAGGCUCGCGACCAGGAGCGCCAGUCCCCACCUCAAUCCCAGCCCGCAAUACCGACCUGUGCCGAGGUUAGGCGGUUCAUUCACCUGAGCCACGGCGACAGCGAGAGGGGGACCCGCCAGCACCCGCGAUGGAUUCGUCUAGUGAAGGAAGCCGUCGCGGGAUCCUCCCGCGGCUCUUCGCCUGAAACACCCAAUCGGAGCGGCACACAGAAGAAAAAGUUCGAUAAGCGCCAACGAGCCGUACCGCCCACUGACUAUUGGAUUGGGAAAGGGUCCGAACCUUCGGGUGUCGGCCGUGUGGCCGGAUCGCGUGAGAAUUUCUCAGAUCGGCGUUCCUUGGCCAAGGAGCGAUUGGAGGGAUUGGAAAGGGUGUGUAAAGGAAGCAUGCCCACCAUCAGGCAUGCUCGUUCACACCUUUUGUUGAGUUUUCAAUUGCGUGAAACUCGGCGUUUGUUUCAUCAAUGUCAAGAGCGAUUGGAUGUUGAGAGACGGCUCUAUGGGAUUGAACGCCUGGACGCCGAAAGAGAGACAGACGAGAGUUUCUCCUAUGGAGGUUCGGCUCUCCAAGUUGGAAUAAACGCAUCCCGCCACGAGAUUGCCAUUGCGGAGAUCCAUGCCAUCCACGGUGAAAAAGUCGUUGAAGGUGUGGAAGGGAGAGAGCCUCGUGAUCGUCGUUACCAAUCACGAACCGACUAUGUCAUAAAGGAAAUGAAAAAGGCUAAGGUGGACGAUGCCAUGAUACAUGGGAAACAAGUUAGCUCGGCUACUCUCCCGCCAACAGCCAAGCUUUCGGACAUGGGUCCUCGGAGCAAGCGGGGGAAACGGGGUCGCAGAGCUGGGACCCGUGAUGCUUUGUCUGGCAAUGGUCUGCCAAAUUUGAACAAGUCGUCCAGAAGCGUAGGAGUCUUAAAAUGUUUCACUUGUGGGACGCCGGGUCACAUUUCUCGCGAGUGUCCAAAGAAAGUAUUUAAACCUGUGAUAUGAAUGGGGGUCUUGCUGGAAAUAAAGUUAAAGGUAACUUA